AUGCUCCAACUAGAUGUUUCAAAUGCUUUUCUCCAUGGUGAUCUACCCGAUGACAUUUACAUGCGCCAACCACCCGGAUUUGAGGACACAAGUCAACCAAACCUCGUUUGCACAAAUCUCUCUACGGCCUCAAACAAGCGCCACGACAAUGGUAACGAUCAACCUAGCAUUCAAGUGCUGCUCGCGGAACUCCACAACAGCUUCGCCCUCAAGCAACUUGGACAGAUAUCCCUAUUUCUAGGAAUUCAAGUUCUGCGAAAUUCAGACGGGUUCUUCCUCACCCAAGAACACUAUGCAAAUAAACUGAUCCAGGAUGCCGGGUUUGAGCAAUGCAAGGCAGCCCCUACCCCUAUCGUUCCAGCUUCUACAAACAGAACUGUCAACACUCAACUCUUUCCAGAUCCUCAGCUAUAUCGACGGCUCGCAGGAUCACUUAAAUACCUCUCGAUAACGCGCCCGGACAUAGCAUUUGCAACCAAUCGGGCUUGCCAACAUAUGCAACAACCUACGACGCAAGACUUCCAAAACCUUAAACGUAUUCUUCGCUACGUUAAAGGCACUUCUAACUUCGGGCUUCCAAUUAUACCAGGAGAUGUUCGGCUACAGACAUUCACAGAUGCAGACUGGGCGUCUGACCAGUCCAACCGGAAGUCUGUUUCCGGUUAUUGUACCUUCCUAGGACCAAAUUUGAUAUCUUGGUAUGUCAAGAAACAAGCCACGGUCGCCAAGUCAUCCACCGAAGCAGAAUACAGGGCUUUAUCAGCUGCCGCCUCAGAGGUCUUAUGGCUCCGACGUCUCUCCGCCGAACUACAACUUGAUCAAACAACACCCACAACAAUUCACUAUGACAAUGUCUCUGCAAUAGCUAUUGCCAAGAAUCCGGUGUUCCACGCAAGGACGAAGCACAUCGAGAUCGACUACCAUUUUAUCAGACAACACAUCUCUACCGGCGACAUUCAUAUUCAACAUUUACCCUCUGAAGCACAAAUUGCUGAUAUCUUAACUAAACCGUUUGCUUCUACUCGAUUUUACUAUCUCUGA